AGUUCUUUUUGGUCAGUUACGAUGGACGGACAAAAUUCUUGGAAAAAUUUGCAGGAUUUUUGAGAGCUGAAUUUUCCAAAUCCUAAAAAGUGAAAAAUUUGCAAAUAAAUUUCCUCGUUUAAAUAGGAAAAGUCUCUUUUUGUGUAAAAUAGAGAUGUGACAGUGAAUGUGAUGGAAAUAGUAUGUAAUUAGGGGGAUUGUGAUUAAUUAAUCUCAAAGGAAUAAAGUUAUUCUUCCUCGCGUUUCGGCUCCACCUGUUUUUUUUAGUCGAUGCAAAUUGGACAGUGCAUAAUGUGGAUGUUUAAAAAUAGACAAUCGAUAAAAUUAAUUAAAUUAGUAUAAAUGUUGUGUUAGAGGAGGUUGAAAGUGAAGUUUCAUGUUACAAAUCAGCUCGAUAGGACACCAUAUACGCGCGCAUUAUCACAAUGAAGCGAAUAUCGGAGUCAAGGGAAGAACUCGUUAAAUCCACAUCAGUUGAGGAGAAAUCUAAUGAGGAUUUUAUCAAUUUCUGCAGUCGUGAUGCAGAAAUUGAUGUUCAAGAUUUACAAUUAACACCAGCAGAGAAGAAAUUUCUUCUAAGUGCUGAAAGGGGAGACACGGUUACUGUGCAGAAUAUUAUUGAACAAUACAAAAAUCAACCUGAUGAGUUCAAUAUCAACUGCGUGGAUCCUCUUAUGCGAACAGCCCUCAUAUCAGCCAUUGAAAAUGAAAAUAUUGAUCUUAUAAAAUUGCUUCUAAGUGAGGGUAUUGAAGUAAAGGAUGCUCUCCUUCAUGCUAUAUCAGAGGAAUAUGUCGAAGGAGUGGAAACUUUACUUCUGUGGGAGGAGGAACAUCACAAACCUGGCACGCCCUAUAGCUGGGAGGCAGUGAAUCAAGCUACGAGCACUUUUACAGCAGACAUCACACCUCUUAUUCUGGCUGCCCACAAGAACAACUAUGAAAUUCUCAAACUACUUCUUGAUAGGGGGGCAACACUGCCCGUCCCACAUGAUGUUAGGUGUGGCUGUGAUGAGUGCGUGAUUUCCAGCGAGAAAGAUUCUCUCAGGCAUUCGCAGUCAAGGAUAAAUGCAUACAAGGCCUUGUCUUCCAGUUCUCUUAUAGCGUUGAGUUCUCGAGAUCCUAUUUUGACUACAUUUGAAUUGUCAUGGGAACUGAGACGCCUAAGUCGAAUGGAGACGGAAUUCCGCAUGGAAUACAAUAAUAUGAGAAAAAAUUGCCAGGAGUUCUCGACAAGUCUAUUGGAUCACACUAGAACUUCGCAUGAAUUGGAAAUUAUGCUCAAUUUCAAUGGGGCAUUGGGUAAUGAGAAUUGGGAGCCUGGGGAAAGACAAACACUGGAACGUCUUAAAUUAGCAAUCAAGUACAAAGAAAAGCAGUUUGUCGCUCAUCCCAAUGUCCAGCAACUUCUAGCGGCUAUUUGGUAUGAAGGACUCCCUGGCUUUCGACGCAAGGGGAUGGUGGGGCAGUUAAUGCAAGUUAUGAAACUAGGAGCAAUGUUUCCCGUUUACAGCGUAAUCUAUAUGCUCGCCCCAAAUUCGCAAAUGGGCAAAUUUAUGAAGAAACCUUUUGUGAAGUUCAUAUGCCAUUCAUCGAGUUACGCUUUCUUCCUCCUUCUUCUGGGAUUAGCUUCGCAGCGGGUGGAAUAUUUAAUUCUCGAACUUAUCGGCACUCCAUGGCUUCUUUCGCUUCUCAAUGAAUGGAAGAAACACGAACGUGGAGCAAUGCCAGGUUUUAUCGAAUGCUUCGUCAUUCUCUACGUCAUCAGUCUCAUCUACGGAGAAAUGAAAGCUCUAUGGGAAGGUGGUUUGGUUGAUUACGUUCAAGACUUGUGGAAUAUCGUGGAUUUCAUUUCGAAUGUCUUCUACGUCAUGUGGAUUAGUUUGAGAUUUUCAUCUUGGUACACAGUACAGAAAGACGCAAAAGCUGGACUCAAUCCGUGGUAUCCACGAGAGCAAUGGGACCCUUUUGACCCGAUGCUUAUAUCUGAAGGGGCUUUUGCAGCAGGGAUGAUUUUCUCCUUUCUCAAAUUAGUUCACAUUUUCUCAAUUAAUCCUCAUUUGGGUCCCCUACAAGUGUCACUCGGAAGAAUGAUUAUCGACAUCAUUAAAUUCUUCUUUAUCUACACACUUGUGCUCUUUGCCUUCGGAUGUGGUUUAAAUCAAUUAAUGUGGUACUAUGCUGAUUUGGAAAAGAAUAAAUGUUACCACCUUUCGGCGGAAAUUCCUGAUUUUGAUAAUCAUGAGAAAGCUUGUUCUAUCUGGAGAAGAUUUGCAAAUUUAUUUGAAACAUCUCAAUCUCUCUUUUGGGCAUCAUUUGGAUUGGUUGAUUUAAUGGCAUUUGAGCUACAGGGAAUUAAGAGCUUUACACGAUUUUGGGCACUUCUUAUGUUCGGUUCCUACAGUGUCAUCAAUAUCAUAGUCCUGCUGAAUAUGCUAAUUGCAAUGAUGAGCAAUUCCUAUCAGAUUAUUUCUGAACGAGCUGAUGUUGAAUGGAAAUUUGCACGUACUCAGCUAUGGAUGAGCUAUUUUGAGGAUGGAUCAACAUUGCCACCUCCAUUCAAUUUAAUCCCUUCACUCAAAAUCGUGUUCCGAUUCUUUGGAUUAAUGAAGAAACCACGAACCACAAGGAGCAUAAUUAAAAAAUCUCGAGAGAAGGUACAAAAGCGUCAUGAUAACGUUAUGCGUUUACUUGUCCGUCGGUAUGUGACGGCAGAACAGAGGAAACGUGAUGAUUUUGGUAUUACCGAAGAUGAUGUUAUGGAAAUAAGACAGGAUAUCAACAGCUUCCGCUAUGAAUUAAUUGAUAUCUUGCAUAAGAAUGGAAUGAAAACUCCAAGAAUUGACCCAAAGGAUUCUGCAAUUGCUGGGAAAAAAGGACGUGUCUUAGAAAGGAGGAUUUUAAAAGAUUUCCAAAUCGGAUUUGUCGAAGGGCUAUUAAGUGAAUGCCUCAACUCGAGUCAAGGACCAAAGGAUGUCUUCACUCAGAUUGCCAAAGCAAUCGGAGGAAAGGGGGAGAAGAGAUCAAGUGGAAAAGAUUGGAACGCUGUGGUGUCCAGUGGUGCUGCUGCAAGAGAUCCAAUUGGAAAUGCUCAGAAUUUCCAAAUGAGACGAAGUAAGAGCAGCUUCAGGCGGCAUAUUAUGGAAAAUGCUGACAAAGGCAUGUCUAUGGACACUGAAAAAAUUCUCGAAAUUAAUCCCAAAUUAUCGGACGUUACGCCAAAAACUCGUGUUGCUUAUGUAAAAUUUAUGUCGAAGGCAAUGCAGAAAGAUGGAGAGGGUAAAUCUAAGGAAUUAGAAAAAAUUUCGGAGCUCUCACAAGUUACAGAAAAAUUACAUUCUGAAGAAAAUUUAGACAAAAAUAAGGGAAAUGAGGAGGAAAAUGAACAAUCCUCAUCAAAAAAAGAAAAUGAUUCGGGAAAUUCAAGUAAUCAACAGAGCCAGAGAAAAAUUCGUAUCAAGCCCAUUCUUAAAAAUCCAAUUGAAAAACCACCAGAGUGCAAUCCUUCUGCGAAAGAAGAGGAAAAUACACCCAAAAGUGACUCUUCCGCUGUGACCGGGAAUGAAACUGAAUUUUCAACCUUAGAUGUGAAGGGAUUACAGGAAAACUCAUCAAGUACACCGAAAGCCAAACCUUCAACCUCAAAGGGAAAAUCUUUUUUCGCAGGUCAAAGUGCUUCAGGAUGGAUUUAAAGUGUUAUAUACUUACUUUGAUAAAGUUUAUUUGGCUGUUUAUUAUUAUAUUCGCAGUUAAACUAAAUAACAUGACAAUUGUAUGUUUGACGAAGGAGUAGAGAAAGAUUAUAUUGAUUCGAUGUGGUUAAGCACAUUUCAACAUACAAUAAAUGCUUGUUUGAGAUAUCUUUGCUCGAAAGGUGUGA